CGGAAUGAAUUCUUUAAAGUCUUUACUAGCUGAGACUAGUGAUGUAAACGGUUAACCAAAGUUAACUGUUAACCCCAGCAGCCCCACGUUGGGCCGGCAGGAGCGGCUCCAGCCCCCACUGGGCUGGAGUGGGCCACGGGACCCCAGCCCCAACUGCACUAGCUGGACCCCAGCCGGAUUGCCUGCAGCCUCCACCGUGCCAGGACCCUCCAGCUACCUCAGUUAACGAUUAACUGGUUAAACAAAAUAAUUUUAAUCAUUUAACUGGUUAACUUUUUAAACCGAUAUUUACAUCCCUAGCUGAGACUGCAAUUUGUUGAGGCACUUGGUGCCCUCAACUGAAACUGAAGGAGGGUGCAUCAUCAUCAAACAUGCAUAGUCUACUGAGGAUCCUUGCACCAUCCGGAGCGACCAUUGUUGAAGGAAGCUUGAACUUCCAGCCAUUGGAUCAUGUUAUACCGUUCUCUGCUAGAUUAGAGAGCUCUUUAUCAAGUAUCUGCUCCCCACGUAACAGAAGUUGCCCUUGCAAAAUGAGCCAGUUUUCUCAGAAGAGAUCUAUGGAGCCCCCAUUGUCUGAGUGCAUGAAUUCCAGAGUAGACUCUUUGGACAGCUUGUCAAUGGACAAUUUUUGGCUUGAGGUGGAGAACAUCAAACAGAGCACUGAAACUGAGCAAGAGGAGUGCAACCUUGCAGAUGUCAAAACCCCAGAGGACACUGCCUUUCUCCUCAUCCCUUGCCUCUCAGAGGGAGAAGCCGAAGCUGAGUGGCUACAGGAUGCAGGCCUCUCUGACCUAAUUGGGGAGGACACCUCAGACAAUGGCAAUAUAGUGCUGCUCUCCACCUUGACCAAGACCCAGGCUGCAGCCGUGCAGCGAAGGCUGGAUACUUACUCGCGGUCACGGCGGAAGAAGAACAAACCGCCCGUGCGUGAUGUCAGAGACAUUUUUGGUGUGGUCAACUCUGAGGAGAUGGUAGUGGGGAUGGAGGAGUCUGACAAGGAUCGGUCUCAGCACAGUGUGGAGACUUCAGACUACACUCAGAAACCAGAUUCAAGGGGACUCCAGGAUUUUUCUUGCAUGCUCAGAAGCCCUGGAAAAGAGGAGAUAUUCUGUACUGACAUUGCCUACUCGGAGCAAGCAGCCAUUUUGCUCAAGGGAUCAUUUCUACGGGAGUCUAGGAGGAUAAAGGACGAGAGCGCCUUAACUCAGUUUAAGAUUCCCAAGGGCAGGCUGGGAGUGACCCGGAUAGGAGACUUAUCUCCACAGGACAUGAAGAAGAUCCCCACAUUGGCCCUGAUUGAGCUGACGGCUCUCUGCGACAUCCUGGGCUUGGAGUUAAAGAGGAACAAGGCAUCCAAACAGAAGACAAAAGAGAAUCGACUCUUUGGAGUUCCACUCAGCACUUUGUUGGAAAAUGACCAAAAACUCAUCCCCAACACCAAGGUCCCACUGAUUCUCCAAGCAUUGCUGUCAUGUUUGGAAAAGAAAGGGCUUGACACUGAAGGCAUCCUGAGAGUUUCUGGGUCCCAGACCAGGAUUAAGAGCCUGGAGGAAAAGCUGGAAAGUGACUUCUAUACCGGUCUGUUCCGCUGGGAUGAGGUCCGCCAGAAUGAUGUGUCUGGCUUACUGAAGAGGUUCAUUCGAGAGCUGCCCACCCCUCUGUUGACAGCCGAGUAUCUGCCGGCUUUCGCUGCUGUGCAAAAUAUCCCGGACCUGAAGCAGAGAUUGCAAGCUCUCAACCUGCUUAUCCUGAUUCUGCCAGAGCCCAAUAGAAACACCCUAAAGGCUCUGCUGGAAUUUCUCAGUAAAGUGGUUGCUAGGGAGAAAAAGAACAAAAUGAAUCUCUGGAAUGUUUCCACAGUCAUCGCUCCAAAUCUCUUCAUGCAUAAAGGACUGGCGAAUAAGAUCCCAGAAGGGAAGGAGAAGCAGCUGGCAGAGGGGGCAGCUGACGUUGUGCGGAUGAUGAUCCAUUACCAAGACUUGCUUUGGACUAUCUCCUCUUUCCUGGUAGCUCAAGUGAGAAAACUGAAUGAGAGCAGCAGCCGGAGGUACCAGUUCUACGACAGACGGAUCAAAAACUUGCUACGGAAGAUUCACGCAGACAAGGACAAAGUGGAGAAGAACCAGGCAGAACCUUCCAAGACAGUGAAAGUCCAGACAUCUCUGUUACUGAAGGAUUCACUGGAGGUUCAUCUGAACAAUGGAACCAAAGCUGCUGAUGUCCUGAGGCAGUUUCAGAAACACCUCAGUCAGAACGGCUGGAGUAUUGUCAACAAAGUCAGCCUCAUCAAACGUAAUGGUGCUGUCGAGUCGCUGAACCUGCUCCUCUACGAAGUAGGCGGCAAUAUAAGUGAACAUUGCCUGGAUCCAGAUACAUACCUCUUAGACUUGUACCACAUCAACCCCCAUGCUGAAUGGAUUAUAAGGCAAAAUCCGUCCUUUCCACGGAUGCUCUAGGGAAAACAUGAGUGAAAAUAGACUUUUGUUUCAAGAUUCUGGGUGGGAGCAGAAAGCUAGAACUUUUCUUAAUGAAUGUGGCGUCCCAGAAUGGAGGAAGGUUGUUACUUUGGAGGGAAAUAAGCAGUGUUAGUUUGGAAUGUUUUUUACUAGUUCAGUUACAGCAGGCUGAAAAAAGAGAGCACGUGAGAGUUGGUAACCAACGGAAGUCAACAUUAGGUCACAGAAUCCAGAAGGUGUGAAUACUUUUAGUAAAGCACCUGCAAGCAGAGGUGCAGAGAAAGUGGGGUAGAGACCUGUCCUGGAAGAAGAACCUGGUAGAAUGUGUCUUAAUCCUUUUGGGUUUGCAUUGUUCUUUAUUUUGACCACGUCCUCAUUUUGGAGGAGAGAGAUGGUCAAAUCAACUAGCACUAUCAACAGUCUAGUCUCCUUGUCUUGUAUGUGUUAAGUUUCAUGGACUUUUCAGUGAGUGUCACAUGUACAGUGCUGGGAGAACUAGACUCGUUUUCCCCCAUCCCCCCACUCCUCAAGUCUCAUGGUUUCUCUGAAAAGUGUUAGAAUGCUUUUGGUUUUGUUUGUGGAGUGAUAUAAUGAGUGACCUGAUAUAAGGAGAGCCUUGCAUUCUUCAAAUAACACAUCUACAGUUAAAGCUGCGCACAAGAAAAAGUAAUUGUUUCUGGAAAGACAUGGAUUUGGAAUCAGCUCUUCUCAGAGGGACCAGCUGAUAGAAGAGAGAUGUCAAGGAGGAGCUGCUUCCCCGUCCCUUUACCUGUCCUGUUGGUAAUGCACAGUAGAAAUCAUAAUAGAUACACCCAAGAUGUGAAGUGCUCCAGUACUGAAAGGAAGACCAGCAUCUAGUUUUGCUGCUUGAUCAUCUUUGUGAAACCUCCAGGGUAAAAGGUGGCAGAGGAGAGAUUCUGGAACAGUAUUUGAGGAAUGUUUUUAUUGUAUUUCAAAGAACUUCUGUCCUGAUAUAGGGGCCAAACUGGACUUGGUUUGGGUGUGGUAGAUCAUAUGUUAAAACCUGCAAAAUCAACAUUAAUGUGAGGCUUAGUCUGACCUGGCCACAGCUCCACACAGUUUCUUAUAGUCCUUGCCAGGGUAAAGGUAAUCUAAGUGAUGUGCGGAGAUCAUCUUUGACUACAAACUCCAUCAGGCUACUGUGAGCACUGAAUCGGGCUCUUUUAUACUGGCUGCAACCUUCCAUGACUCUGGAGUGUGCAUGCCCUGGGUUUGGGGAGAGCCCAGAAUAGUUACAGCCUGUCUGGUAGCAUAAACAUCUGUGUACUGGCUUCCUUAAGAUCAGAACUGGAAUGCAGCUCUGGAAGAGUACCUCAGAAGUGUCACUAUCCUUACAGUGGUGCUGAAACCCCUAAAGAAUGAAGGAGCCCACUAUACACAAUGGUAGAAUGUGGAAUGUGCAGCAAAUCUAUCCGUCUAACUGUACCCCCAGCAGGCAAUAUAAUGUAUUUUAAACAUUCAUGUGGCACAGACAGGGCUGUCCUUCAAGUAUACUUCAGAAAGUCAUCUUUUGCCCAUCCUUAUCCACCCUGGAGACGAUCUCAGUAUUAUUUAUUUCACUAAUUGAAUUGUUUCCAUUGCCAUCUGAAUUGAUCCUCUGUACUGUUUUCUCAGACUGAUAUUUAGCUGUUGCUCUUCCCUGUCUUGGAAUCAUAAAAUUUCUUAUAAGAGCACUUAAGUAUAGAUUUCUUUUCCUUUUUCCAUCCCAGUUAAAUUCUUUUGAGAGGAUUAAGAUCUUUGAGAAACAGCUGAGCCAUAUUCUGUUUAAUUCUUCUUAGUCCUGAUGUUGUUUCUGUAUUUACGCUGCUGACUUUUUAAAAUGUUGUCUAUAUGAGAAUGUCUGUUGUUUUUGAUUGUUUUUUAGAUUAAAGCUAUGAUGUGCAGAUGCACAGAUUUGAGGGAUCAUUACUUUCAUUUCUUCCACUCUCCUGAUCCUCUUUUAAAGAGUCUAAAUAACAAUCUGAAAUUGUAAGUGAAGAUUUUCAAAAGUGGCUAACGACUAUGGUGCCUCAAUUUUGGGAGGGGAGAGGGGUUACUUAAGUGACCUUAGAGGGGCCUGGUUUUCAGAGGCAGGAUGCUUCACGACUCCUGCAAAUCAGGCUGCUCUUAGUUUGGGCCCUCAAAACACAAGGGCCACAAAUUACUGGUCACUUCCAAAAAUCUUGGCCAAAGCGAUUGUUAUGAGCAUUAGCAAAAGAAAAGAACAAAAACACAGCAGAGAUUUACAAAACCAUGAAUACAAUAUUCUAAAGUAAUAGCUGCUGCUGCAUGGUGGCACGUCUUUGGAUACCAGGGGACCAUCUCAUGAAUGAUGCGGGAGUUAGAAGUAUGUAGAUGAGCCCAUUCAUGCUCUCCUACUAAAGGUGUUUGUAUUGUAAGAUGCACUCCUGAUAGGUCUAAAUCACGUGGCUUUCUUUUUUUUUUCUCCACCCAUAGGCUACUAUCCUAGGUAGCUUUAUUUAUAUAUUCAGUUUUUUUUUUUUCAAUGUAAAACUUGUCUAGUGACAUUUCAUAAGUCAUUACAAUAUCUCUCCAUUGGGAACUGGAGCAGAGCACUCCUACCAGAUACAAACAAAUGACCCCCCUCCCUCCCAAGCCGAUAAGCAACUGACUUUGCAUUCCCCCUUCUCCCAACCUCAGCCCGGUUGUUCAGAGAGAUGGCAAGAUAUGAACGCUUCAGAAUGUUGGGAAAUGCCAAUCAAUUGGUUGCUGGGGGUAAUGAUUUAGCGUUAUCAGUAGGAGGGAUACUCUACAUCUUGGCUAUUUUUUUUUCAAAGUUUUCAAAUCUGGAUACAAAAUGCAUGCCUAAUUUGCAUGCACAGUUAAUUUAACUGAACAUUCAAAUGCUCCUCAUCUAUUUUGGGGUGGGAUAGCUCAGCGGUUUGAGCAUUGGCCUGCUAAACCCAGGGUUGUGAGUUCAAUCCUUGAGGGGGUCAUUUAGGGAACUGGGGUAAAAAUCUGUCUGGGGAUUGGUCCUGCUUUGAGCAGGGGGUUGGACUAGAUGACCUCCUGAGGUCCCUUCCAACCCUAAUAUUAUAUGAUUUGCAGGUACAACCGUCUGGCUUGUGCGUGCAAAUUACAGACAGUUUGUGCACGUUUUUGAAAAUCUGACAUGAAAUUGGCAAGUAUAAUAGUGUACUUUUGAGACAAUAGAGAUCCUUUAUACAUGAAAACACAAUGGUCAUUGGCCAAAGUAGUGGUGAACGAGAUGUGCUUGUUUUAAAAAAUAUAUAUAGUUCAAGGUACAAAGACGGACAACAGUAGCAGCAGGAUAGUCCAAAUUGCAGUACAGGACUCUGCUUGCUUUGGUAUGAGGAAUAUUUUAUAGUGCUAUAACAACUGUGCAUUCUGAUUGGCUACAAGGGCUAGAGGGUGGGGACAAAGGAAAAUGCUACUCCAUCACUUCUAUAAAACAACUCAUCUCUUGGUGAUUUUCUCAGCAAACCAAACAAUGUGAAAUAAGUGCUGUGAAAAACAAGGUUCGAGGGAAUAUCUCAUGAGGCAAAUAGGCUAGGAAUAUAAAACUAUAUUCAAAUUGUAUGUCAAACUCCUCAUCUCUGUCCAUAGAAUUGAUGUUCUUUGGUAUUUUCAGUUUCCUAAUUUUGUAAAAAAGACCAAGUCUGGUGAGGCUAGAAAAAUGUCACCACCAUGUAAAAGUUUUGUUUUGAAUGUUAGCUUUUAUUAACUUUUUACAAUAGUUUUAAUGGUGUAUUUAAAAUCCACUUCAUCAAUAAAGCAACAAAAGAAUCAUAA